AUGGUUAUGAGCAAACUGGCGUCUACUCGUGAUACAGUUCUUAAUGAGUCGGAAGGGUCAGGUGAACGGCUCACUGGCAGCAUACGUUCAUCUGAUGGUGGCGGUUCAUUUAGUGGAUGCGAAGAUUAUGGAACUGCUGAGAAAGCAAGGAUCGAGUUCAAAAUGGAUCAGAUCAAGGAAAGGAUAGCUAGAAUUUCGCUUGCGAGAGAAGGUGAAAAAUUUUUGGGAGAAAAACCUUACAGGAAGCCUAAUGUUCUGUUAUUAUGGAUUGUCAGGGGUUACCUUAAAGGAAAAUAUUUAUACCAUGAUUUUUUUAUUCGCUUAUGUAUGCGGUGUUCUUUUUUAGCCGAUGUCGUCGACUUUUUAUCAAUGACAAGUAAUUUGAAAGGCGGCCAAGAGAAUCCUCAAAUUGUGAGAGUACGGCAACACUUUGAGAAGAAAAACAAAAAGUACGCCCAGGAAACAGAGCAUUUACAGAAGAAGUUAGAGCAGUUGGAAAUGAAACUUGCUGAAAUUGAAAAAGGUGUAACGGUUGAACCUUCUUCAAAGAAUGCCAUGUUGAGCAAUAUUCGAUAUGCUCUUUCAAGCAACCAGGCACAUUCUCUCAAGUGCGAGGUUUCGUCCGCUCCAAACAUGUUGCCUCAUGAAGUGGAGUUGCCUAUUAUGUUUUUAGAGCCUGCUUCCAGUGAGGAGAAAAGUAAAGAUUCAUCGCAGCGUGCAUCUGGAAUAGGCAGUGAUAUACAAGAGCUGCAGAAUGAGUUUAAAGAUUUCAGGUCACAAAACCAAAUUCUGGUUGAGCAAUUAAACAAACUGCAGGCUGAGGCAGUUGCGGCAAAUGUGAGAAUAAUGGUUCGAGAAAUUUCUCAGAAGAAGAGAAGCUAUUUCAGCGUUAAGACAUCUGAGCGCUUAUCAGUUGCUGAAGCAGGCAAUGGUUCUGCACUUUCAAGAAUAAGGAAGCAUUUUGGACUAGAAAGCAUGAUUUUGAAUACUGCUGCCAGUAAAUGUGCAGGCGUUAGACCGUCUUUCUUACAACUGAUUUUAAUAGUAGUGGGGGAAAGGUGGAUUCGAAAUACGUUAGCAGACGAAUGCCAAAUGAGGCUUGAAGAACUGUUGAACGAAUCCAUUGAACUGCAUCAGGCAGAAAUGACAUCAUUAAAGUCAGAUUUAAAUACUAUUGGAACCAGAAUGGAUUAUCAGUACUGUGAAAGAUUUCGAGCGAUUGAAGAAAGCAUCGAAAGUACUGAAAACAAAGUAAGGUUUCUUUUACAUGUCGAUUAUGAACUGUUUAAGGUAAUACGAGUAGAAAAUAGUAUGAAGGAGUGGGUGGAAACGCGUCCUCAAUCUUUAUUUGGACCUGUACUUCUUUCUGCAGCAAACAUUCUCGUAGAAUUGCUUAAGCUAAUCUUAUUUAUAAUAUCGGUAGCCUUGGAUUUUGUGAAGCCCCUUACGGGGACAAGGUAA